GAACCUCUGGUUCAAAAGCGAAACGCAAAGCCCUUCGUCGGUCGUCCCUUCUCGCAGGAACCCUUCGUCCACUUUCCGAUUCCGUUCUCUCACUUUCGCUUACUUCGCCAAUCUCGGAGGGUUUGCUGGACGGAUUGAGGUUUUCAGGCAUGGAAAACUCAGAUGGGAAGAAUGCAGAUUCAACCCAAUGCGUGCGAGUUGCUGUAAAUAUCCGGCCUCUCAUUACAUCGGAGCUUCUAUUUGGUUGCACGGACUGCAUUUCCGACGUUCCUGGUGAACCUCAGGUGCAAAUUGGAUCCCACGCAUUCACCUAUGAUUAUGUUUAUCGUAGUUCACAGUCACCUUCAACGAUAUAUGAAGAUUGUGUAGCUCCGUUGGUUGAUGCACUUUUUCAUGGCUAUAACGCCACAGUUCUUGCAUAUGGCCAGACGGGAUCUGGGAAAACAUAUACAAUGGGCACCAAUUAUACCGGUGAAGGAAGUAAUUGCGGGAUUAUACCUAGGGUCAUGGAAAAUAUAUUUAAGAGAGUUGAAGCCGCGCAACACUCCACAGAAUUCUUGAUUCGUGUAUCAUUCAUAGAGAUAUUCAAAGAAGAGGUUUUUGAUCUACUUGAUCCAAAUUCAUCAAGAGCGGAAGCUACAUCUUUUGCAAAGCCCUCUGUGCCAACUAGAGCUCCUAUACAAAUAAGAGAAACAGUAAAUGGAGGGAUAACACUUGCUGGUGUGACGGAGGCUGAAGUCAAGACAAAGGAAGAAAUGGCUUCCUAUUUGUCUCGUGGUUCAUUGUCCCGCGCUACUGGGAGUACCAAUAUGAACAGCCAAUCUAGUCGCUCACAUGCCAUAUUCACAAUAACAAUGGAGCAAAAGAAUGGCAAUGAUAUCUUAUGUGCAAAACUUCAUCUUGUGGAUCUUGCUGGUUCUGAACGUGCCAAAAGAACUGGUGCUGAUGGCUUGCGUUUAAAGGAAGGUAUUCAUAUCAACAAAGGUUUAUUGGCUCUUGGAAAUGUAAUAAGUGCCUUGGGGGACGAAAAGAAGCGAAAAGAAGGCGGUCAUGUGCCAUAUCGUGAUAGCAAAUUAACUCGCUUAUUGCAGGAUUCUCUUGGAGGAAAUAGCAAAACAGUGAUGAUAGCAUGUGUUAGUCCUGCUGACACUAAUGCUGAGGAGACAUUAAACACAUUAAAGUAUGCAAAUCGUGCUCGCAACAUUCAGAACAAGGCCAUUAUUAACCGGGAUCCUGUGGCAGCUCAAGUUCAGUCAUUGCGAAAUCAAGUUGAACAAUUACAAGCUGAGCUUCUGUUUUAUAGAGGUGAUGCUAGUGGACCAUUUGAGGAACUUCAGAUUAUGAAGCAUAAAAUAUCUUUACUUGAAGCAAGCAAUGCUGAGCUACAACGGGAACUUCAAGAACGCAGAGUAACCAGUGAGAGUUUGAUGAAGAGGGCUUUUGAUGCUCAGGUUGAAAAAGACCAGUUGAUCAUGAAGAUAGAAUCAAUUAGGAAUGGUAAACCUUGGGAUGAGAUCGAGUCAAAUUCGACCCAGGAUUAUGACUUGGUGAAAUCUUAUGUAUCAAAGAUUCAAGAAUUGGAAGGAGAAUUAUUGCGUUUAAAAAGCUUGAACAAUAAAAAAUCAAGCCGUUAUGUUGACUGGGUUGAUGGAGAUGAUGAUGGAUUUAGAUCCAAGAAUGCAAUAUUUGCCUCUGGUAAUGAGUAUUCAUCUGAUUGCGACACAAAAGCUGUGGACAUAUUAGAUGACGUGGAAGAUGAUGCGAAGGAGCAAGAGCACUCUUCCCUUCAGCAAAAGUUGGAUAUGGAGCUAAAAGAAUUGGAUAAGAAACUUGAGCAGAAGGAGGCUGAAAUGAAGAGGUUUAGUAGUACUGAUACUGCAGUUCUUAGACAUCAUUAUGAAAAGAAACUUUUGGAGUUAGAACAAGAGAAGAAAAUACUGCAGAAAGAAAUCGAGGAUCUCAAGUGUAAUCUUUCAAGUAUUCCAUCUACUCCUGAUGAUGGUGCUCGAAAGUUGAAGGAGGAAUAUCUCCAAAAGUUGAAUGCUCUUGAAACACAGGUCGCGGAGCUGAAAAAGAAACAAGAUGCUCAGGCUCAACUCUUGAAACAAAAACAAAAAAGUGACGAGGCUGCAAAACGUCUUCAGGAUGAGAUCCAGAGAAUUAAAUCUCAAAAGGUACAUCUGCAACAAAAGAUUAAGCAAGAAUCUGAGCAAUUUAGGCUAUGGAAAGCUUCACGAGAAAAGGAAGUUCUCCAGCUUAAGAAAGAAGGGAGGAGGACUGAAUACGAGAUGCACAAGUUGUUAGCAUUGAAUCAGAGACAAAAGAUGGUGUUGCAAAGGAAGACAGAAGAAGCUUCCAUGGCAACGAAAAGGCUAAAGGAACUUUUAGAGUCUCGAAAGGCUUCCUCACGGGAAACUACUGGAGGUGGAGGUGCAAAUGGCCCUGGAGUUCAGGCUUUGAUGCAAUUAAUCGAGCAUGAGCUUGAAGUUACUGUCCGAGUACAUGAAGUUCGUGCAGAAUACGAACGUCAAAUGGAAGUGAGGGCUAAUAUGGCCAAAGAGAUCAGCAGGCUAAAGGAAGAAAGUGAUCUCUUGAAGCAAAACGAUAGUGAUUGUAUAUCAAUGUCUCCCGGUGCAAGAAAAUCAAGGAUUUUUGCUCUUGAAAACAUGCUGGCUGCUACUUCUACAACUCUGGUGUCUAUGGCAUCCCAGUUAUCAGAGGCGGAAGAGCGUGAGCGUGUUUUUGGUGGUAAAGGACGUUGGAACCAAGUCCGUUCUCUCGUUGACGCCAAGAAUUUGAUGAAUUACUUGUUCAAUAUAGCAUCAUCCUCCAGGUGUUUAUUGCGAGAUAAAGAAGUUGCUUGCAGAGAGAAGGACAUGGAAAUAAGAGAUCUAAAAGAGAAGGUUGUUAGCCUAAGCUGUUCACUUCGUCAGAUGGAAAUGCAGAAAGCUGAACUCGCUCAUCAAGUGAAGUUGCAGGGUGUAGCUCUGAAGCAAUACUCUGAAUCUGGAGGGAAUUCAGGAUUUUCAAACAAUGGUGGAGGACAUAAGUAUGACCUACGCAAACCGGAAAAUCGUCGAUCUACUAUCUUCCUUGAAGAUAUGGAUAUAUCUUUGUCUGACUUGGAUUCAGACGAUUAUGAUGUGGGUACGGAUGCAACAGAUGAUGACUGGGUUGAGUCAGGAAAAUUGCGGGUCAAGAAGAGGAAUUCCAGAAGUAGACGGUCAAGCUGGGAGGACAGCCAGUCAAAUAAUGAAACUUCAAGUGUCCAGGACAAUCUGACAGGGCUUUCAGGCGCCUCUGGAGAAGGGGAAAUUUGCUGCACUUGCUCGAAAUCCUCAUCUUGCAAGACACUAAAAUGUCAGUGCAGAUCAGCAGGCAACACUUGCGGAAGAUCUUGUGGUUGUCUAGAAACCAGGUGUGCCAACAGAGAAUUAAUCUUGAACGAGGAAGCAGCUCCAUCAGAAAUGGUUAAAGAUGAAACAGACAGAGACCUUGCCAGUCAGGGUGCAGAGUUACUUCAAAGUGCACUUGUCAAAACUACAAAUAGCAAUCAUGGGCCAAGAAAGCCUCUCGCUGACAUAGGAAAUACAGAGAAGUCCCAUGGCCCGAGGCCUAACCAGAGGAAGAAAUGGCGCAAGUCCACAAUACUUCUCGUUUCAGAUCCACCGCCCAAACCACAGCCUGAGAAUUCUGAAGUCGCUGGAAAACAAGACGACAUCAUUAGCGAAGGAAAUGAUUCUUCUGUGAACUCACGUCCAAAUAUUCCAUUAUCUAGACCAGAAAAUGCCGCCGUCGCUCCUAGGGCUGAGGGCGGUUUUUCGGAGGCGGAUAUAACUUUGAAAAUUCCACGGGCUAUGCGAAAGGCGGCGCCGUCGAAUGGUGGCGCUCCCUUGUGGGACAGGAAUGCUGGUAAGCCAGAGGAGUCUAUCGCAACAAAGAAAGAGUCCGAUGUUAUUGACACUAGAAGUCCGAUCCGGCCCAGAAGAACAUCGGAGAAAGAGAACCAUGGCCGUUAAUUUUAAAUAUAUUUCUUGCGUGCUGUUAACCAUGUUUAUACCCACAGGCUACAAUUUCUGACCAGUCUUUUGAAGAGAGUCCGUGGCCUUAGUUGACCAGGAUGCCCACAAACUCCAUGGUCACCGUUUGAUUCAGUGAGCAAGUAGAUGAAUUGCUCAUUUGUCUUUUUCAAAAGCUGUUUUUGUAAUCAAAUUUGUCAGAAU